UAAAUUAGUAGUACCAUACGAAAUCAGCACAGCCAAACGGGAGGCACAUAAAAAAAUUGAAUGUGCAUUUUUCCUACGGAACCGCGAGCACGAGAGCCAAAGGAUUGCCGAGCGAGCCCAAGCAUUGCGCUGACCCGGUGAACGACAUACGAAGCUGUCCCUCCGCCCCGUCAACGCCCAGCAGUCCGAUUCACCGCUUCCCCGUCGCCUCGGCUGCCGCCAUCCUCCGGGUGAAGAUGUCCGACUACAGCGACCUGGACCGCCAGAUCGAGCAGCUGAAGCGCUGCGAGAUCAUCAAGGAGAACGAGGUUAAGGCCCUGUGCGCCAAGGCGCGCGAGAUUCUUGUGGAGGAGGGCAACGUGCAGCGGGUGGACUCGCCGGUGACCGUGUGCGGCGACAUUCACGGCCAGUUCUACGACCUGAAGGAGCUCUUCAAGGUUGGCGGCGAUGUGCCCGAGAAGAACUACCUGUUCAUGGGCGACUUCGUGGACCGCGGCUACUACAGCGUGGAAACGUUCCUGCUGCUGCUGGCCCUGAAGGUUCGCUAUCCGGACCGCAUCACACUGAUCCGCGGCAACCACGAGUCCCGCCAGAUCACCCAGGUGUACGGCUUCUACGACGAGUGCCUGCGCAAGUACGGCUCGACGGCCGUGUGGCGCUACUGCACGGAGAUCUUCGACUACCUCAGCCUCUCGGCGAUCAUCGACGGCAAGAUCUUCUGCGUGCACGGCGGCCUGUCGCCGUCGAUCCAGUACCUCGAUCAGAUCCGCAGCAUCGAUCGCAAGCAGGAGGUGCCGCACGACGGGCCCAUGUGCGAUCUGCUGUGGAGCGAUCCGGAGGAUCAGACCGGCUGGGGCGUCUCGCCGCGCGGCGCAGGCUAUCUCUUUGGCUCCGACGUCGUCUCCCAGUUCAAUCGAACCAACGAGAUCGACAUGAUUUGCCGCGCACAUCAGCUGGUGAUGGAGGGCUUCAAGUGGCACUUUAACGAAACCGUUCUCACUGUCUGGUCGGCGCCGAAUUACUGCUAUCGCUGCGGCAAUGUGGCUGCCAUCUUGGAGCUGAACGAGUACCUGCACCGCGACUUUGUCAUCUUCGAGGCGGCCCCGCAAGAGAGUCGCGGCAUACCCUCGAAGAAGCCCCAGGCGGACUACUUCCUCUAAGACGAGCACGGGAGGAGGGAGGUGGAAAAUCAUCUAGGAAAAUGAAAACUGCCAGCCUGCCUAAGCUAAGCAAACGCGAACCGCAACCAUUGUAACAUAAACGUAAGCUAGGAUAUCAAACAGCCGGACACAGUUUUAGUUCUAACGUUCCGGAGUUCCACUUGGAUAUCUUCUUUUUUUUAUACAUCUGUUUACCUCUGUCUGUGUCUAAUCUGGCAAUUCGCGAUCUUUUGAUGGCUGUUUGUGCUGUUACGUGGAAGUCAUCUAGUGUAGACGUCAAUAUCAUGGAUUGCAUCUAGCUGCUAACUAAUAGGAUUAAUGACCCCUGUGUCCGAGACUCCUGCGAAUUCGCCUGGCGCAGACGGUGCGCCACUGCCGUCUUCUCGACGCGAAUUCCCCGAGAUCGGGCAACGUACCAUAAACAUAGUCGUUACACGUAGGUUAAGGCCCUUAACUAUAAUGACCGACGGACUGCAUGAAGUCGGCGGAGUUAGGACGGAAUUACGAGGCAAACGAGGUCGUCGUUAUGUUUACUGAUUAGAAAACGACUUUGCAGCUAGAGAAAACAGCUGGGGAGAGCCAGAUACGAAGAAAAAUGUGUAGUAAUUCGUAGUAUGUAAGAGAACAUUUUAAGUACGCCCCAGAUUGGGAUAUUAUAUACAAAUAAUUAUAUAUACUUAUAUUUAAAAUAAAGAUUGUAAGCCGA